CUCUCGACCCGCGACAACGCCCCACGACGCGUGUAUCCAGCUCGCACAUGUCAACCGUCGCCAAGCUUUUCGCCCUCCCGCUCGUGCUGGCCAUGCUCCUCGUACAGCUCACCCUCAUUCCGGUCAUGCUUCCGGCCUUUCUCGUGCUGCUCUCCUCCAGCGCCCUGAUGGCCGGCGCCUUGAAGCUCCUUCACCCGACGCAGACGGACGAGGUGACAAAUGAGGAGUUCUACGGCUCCAUUCUUCUGCUGCACAUGAAGUCGGCCUGGGCGGCGCUCGCGGGCGUGGUCCUCGCCAUCGUCGGGCCGUUUCAGAUGGUCUCCGCCCUCGUCAGGUCCGCCGGCUCGCGGCCGGCAAACACGCUGCGGCCAACCUCGGUGCUGAUCACGGGCGCCAGCAGCGGCAUCGGCGCCGAGCUCGCUCGUCAGUACGCAAAGCCCGGCGUCCGCCUCGUGCUCACCGCACGGCGGGUAACAAAGCUGGACGCCGUCAAGGCGCAGUGCGAGGCGCUCGGCGCCGUGGUCACCGCCGUGCCGGCGGAUGUGACGGACGCAGACAUGAUGGCGUCCGUCGUGGCCGCCGCGGACGAGGACGCGCCGCUCGACCUCGUGGUCGCAAACGCAGGCUGCUCCGAGUCGAACGUGCCCGGCGGCUCGCCGCUCUGGCACAAGGCGGGCGUGGUCAACUCGACCAACGUGAUGGGCACCGUCAACACAGUCAGCCCGGCGAUGGAGCGGAUGGUGGCGCGCGGGCACGGCCAGAUCGUCAUCAUGGCGUCCGUGGCGUCCGCGGGCUCGAGCACCAACCCGUCGAGCGUCUCGUACGCGGCGAGCAAGGUGUGGGGCCGCGCCUAUGGGCAGGGGCUGCGCGGCGCGCUCAAGGGGACGGGCGUGGGCGUGACGACCAUCUGCCCCGGGUUUGUGGACUCGGAGAUGGUGGGCGGCAAGGACGCGCGCAAGUCGGGCUGGCUGCCGUCGACCAACUGCCCCGGCUUUGCCAAGCGCUUCCUCGAGUCGAUGACGAUGCCGACCGACCAGGCCGUGCGGCACAUGGUUGCGUCCAUCGGGCGGAACGCGGGCGUCGUCACCCUGCCCUGGUGGUACCUCGCCUCCCUGUGGGCGCCGCAGAUGCCGCACUACAACCUGAUGCCGCCCUUUGUCGAGUACUGGCUCGCGCCGUCCGGCCAGGUCAAGCCGCCCGCGCCGGCCGGCACCAAAAAGGCGUUCCGCGCGCCGUCGUCGUCCGAGGAGGAGGACGCGUCGAGCCCUCGCAUCACCGAGAGGACGCCCAGCGUGUCGUCGUCCGAGGAGGAGGACAUGCUGCCCUCCGCGAGCCCCUCGCUCCGCAAGCUGCGGCGCGCGGGCCGAGCGGUCCGCUUCUGCGUGUCGCACCUGGACGGCCUGCAGCUGUCCAGGUGAGAAGAGAGCUGUGUAUGUGCGGUGUGGCCGAGCGAGUGGCACACCGGGCCCAAAGGUGCGUGCACUUAUUUAUUUGCAUGUUUUUGCCUCUCC